ACUACACACAUCCCUAAUUUUACAUACACUCUUUUAUACUAUCCUCGCCGCCGCUUUUGUAUCUUUCGCUUUGCUCAAGCUCUCUCGGAAAAAUCUGCUGAAGCUUCUCUCAUCUGAACUCAGAAGAUCUCCGAGUUCGUAUCUUCUCCGUUUGAGCAAUGGCUUUGGUCUUGCACACAUACAAGGGAAACAAAGGUGCCUUUAAGGCACUCGUUGCUGCUGAGUAUGCAGGUGUGAAGAUCGAGGAGGCUGCAGAUUUUCAGAUGGGCGUCACUAACAAAUCCCCUGAGUUUCUUAAGAUGAACCCUAUUGGAAAGGUUCCUGUGCUUGAGACUCCUGAAGGUCCCAUUUUCGAGAGCAAUGCCAUUGCCAGAUAUGUGAGCCGUAAGAAUGGUGAAAACUCUUUGAAUGGAUCCUCCCUCAUUGAAUACGCUCAGAUUGAGCAAUGGAUUGAUUUCUCCUCGUUGGAGAUUGAUGCCAACAUGUUGAAGUGGUUUGCUCCAAGAAUGGGCUAUGCUCCUUUCUCUGCUCCUGCUGAGGAAGCAGCUAUUUCUGCAUUGAAGAGGGGACUUGAGGCUUUGAACACACAUCUCGCUUCCAACACUUACCUUGUUGGACACUCUGUUACCCUUGCUGAUAUUGUAACCAUCUGCAACUUGAACUUGGGAUUUGCAACCGUGAUGACCAAGAAAUUUACCUCUGCGUUCCCUCACGUUGAGAGAUACUUCUGGACAAUGGUAAACCAGCCAAACUUCAAGAAGGUAUUAGGUGAUGCCAAACAGACUGAUGCUGUCCCUCCAGUUCCAACUAAGAAAGCAGCUGCACAGCCUGCAAAGCCCAAGGAGGAGCCUAAGAAGGCUGCCCCUGCAGCAGAGGCACCAAAGGCUGCUGAGGAGGAAGAAGCACCAAAGCCCAAAGCCAAGAAUCCUCUUGAUUUGCUACCCCCGAGCCCAAUGGUUCUUGAUGACUGGAAGAGACUUUACUCGAACACCAAAUCCAACUUCCGUGAGGUUGCUAUUAAAGGAUUCUGGGACAUGUAUGACCCAGAGGGGUACUCACUAUGGUUCUGUGACUACAAGUACAACGAUGAGAACAUGGUGUCCUUUGUUACUCUCAACAAGGUUGGCGGGUUCCUUCAGCGUAUGGACUUGGCUCGUAAAUAUGCCUUUGGAAAGAUGCUUAUUUGCGGGUCAGAGGGUCCCUUCAAAGUGAAGGGUUUAUGGAUCUUCCGUGGACCAGAGAUCCCCAAGUUCAUAAUGGAUGAGGUGUACGACAUGGAGCUGUACGAGUGGACCAAGGUUGAUAUCUCUGAUGAAGCCCAGAAAGAACGUGUUAGCCAGAUGAUUGAAGAUGCAGAGCCUUUCGAAGGUGAGGCUCUCUUGGACGCGAAAUGCUUUAAGUGAAAAGGCUCAUUACUGUCCUCUCUAUCUCCAUAGGGGUUUUACGCUGUUACCUGUGUUUUUGAUAUCCUCUAGAGUCCUUACAAUCUUUGAAUUGUAGAGUCUGGUUUUCUUUUUUCGGGAUUAAGAACUAGUUGCUUCCCAGUUUCCAAUGGUAUUGAGACAAAAAUGCUUACUUAAUACAUUACAACUUCUAGAUUUUA